AUGGCGCUGGAAGCUGUGGCGCUCUUUUGCGAGAGCCACUUGCCCGCCGACCGUCUCCCGCACUUCCGGACGCUGCUGACUUCGGCGCUGGCGCAGCAGUCGGCGGCUGCUGGGAACGUGGCUCAGCUGACGGAGGCUAAUGCGUCGCUAUUGUCGUCGUGCGCGGCAAAGACCAGAGCCAAUGCUAAGCUCCGGUCACAGCUUGCGCUGCUCUCACUCGGGCCGGGCUCGUCGCGGUCAGGCGCGGAGCUGGCGGCAAGCUCGUCGUCGGACGACGAGGGCGAGCUGGAGAGCGCGCUUUACUCGCUGGACACAUUGAGCGCAGAGCAUGCCCGGGAGCUGAGCGAUCUCGAGGCGCGGUUUGGUGCCGAGCGGUCGCUGCUGGUGGCGACGACACAGGGCCUCAAGUCUGAGCUGAGCGAGGCCAAGGACUUGCUCGAGUCACACCGCAACGCGCUGGCACGGGAGAAAGAGCUCUCGCUCUCGCUCUCGCAGGCGCUGGAGGAAGUCCAGACCACGUUUGAGAGUUACCGCAACGACGCAUCAGCGCGGAUUGUUGCGCUCGAGGCCGAGGCCGACGCGUCGUCGGCUGUGGCAGACCUCGACACGAUAUCGGUGACACUCCACGAGGAGAUCCACCGGCGGUCGGCGCUGUCGGAGCGACUGGCGGUGGCGGACGAGCGUGUGUUGCAGCUGGAGCGGCAGCUGCGCAACGUCGAGGCUCGCAACGUAGCGCUCGAGACCGAGGCUGCGAGUGCGGAACAGCGCGGCGCCGACUCAACAGCCGGGCUGAGGACCAAACUCGAAGAAAGCCAGGUAGCAGCGGCAAGACGGAUCCGUGAGCUGGAGCACUCGCUCGAGGACGAGCGCGAGGCCAACGAGCGGCUCGGAGAGGAGCGGGAUGCGCUGCAGCGCAAGGCCGAGGCGCUCAUGCUGCGGUUUGAGCAGAUGCGGGCGGUGGAGGAGAACCGGCGGAGCGGGCCAGUGGCGCGACCGGCGCGGACUCCGCUAGACAAGGAAAACUUGGUGGCAUCGUCGCCGUCGGGCCCGUCGAAGCAACUGCGUGGCCAGGUUACGACGCUCACCCGCGAAAAGGCGCAGCUCCAGGCUGAGAAGGCCGACCUUGUCAUUGCGCUGGACGUGGCGCAGCGCGAGCUCGAGUCGAUGACGUCGCAGACGGCGAUGGUGACACGGCGCAAGGGCCAUCUUCAGGCAGCGCUUGUCGACGCCGAAGAGUCACUCAAUGAGCUGCGGCAGGAGGCGGCAGCAGCCGCCGAGACUAUUGCGAGGCUGGAGAGUGAGAACGCGUCUCUGGACGUGGCGCUCGCGGACCGGCGGGCACUGGUGGCCGAGCGCGAUGAGCUGUACGCGGCGUCAGAAACGGCGGCGCACCGGCUGCAUGCGCUGGGUGGUGCACACGCGGAGCUGCAAGCGCUGUACGACGACCUCCGGGUCCAGUUUGAGGCGCUCCUAGGCGCGUACACGCGGAUCAAGACGGGGACUGCGGACGAGAUCAGCCACUUGCGGGCAGCUCUGGAGGCAGCGACGACGAUCGAGUCGCUCUCGUUCUCGUCAGGCGGGUCGUGCUCGGAGGCCGACGCGGCCGAGCUUGUGGUUGAAGACGAGGUGGCUGCGCUACACGAGGCACUGCCUGUGCUCUCGGCGUUUGUGGACGAGACAAUGUACGAGGAGCAGGAGGCGAGCACCCACAUUGCGGUGCUCCAGCGGCGGCUCGACGAUGCAGUGCGUGAGGCAAACGCCGGUCCUUCGCGCGACGCGGUUGGCUUGCGGUUGGCAUCGGUUCGCGAGGCGCGCGCGGCGGCAACGGCUCUGGCCGGCGCGCUCGAGACGAGCGUGCUCGAAAAGGGCGAAUUGGCGGACCGAGUGCGUCAGCUCGCCAACCAGGUUGCUGCGCUCGAGGCGUCAAACGCAUGGCUCGCCGAGGGCCAUGAGCAGCUCGCAUCCGAGUCUGCAGCGGUGCAGGAUGCUAACGAUGCACUCGCGUCGGAGAAUCAGACGUUGUGCGCUGAGCGCGAGGCGCUCGCAGGAGCUGUUAACAAGCUCCGUCUCCAGCUGGGACGGCUGGUGGCUGACAAGAAGGAGCUCCACACCCAGCUGGUGUCUACGGCAUCGGCGGCAGAAGACCACCACGCGUCGACGCUCCUCAUCACGUCGCACUUGCAGGCGCAGGUCGAGGCGCUCAUCGAGCAGGUGGCGCUGCUGGGAGGCCUGCACCUCCAGAGCCAGAUGGCGACGCCAGCGAGUGGCGAGGUGGUGCAGGACACGUCGCUGGACCUCGUUGAGCCCGAGUUGAGCAGCCUCACGCCGGGCGAGGCGCGGAGGCUCGCACGCGAGAACGAGCGGCUCCGGGUGGAGCUUGGCGACGCCGAGGCGAUGCUUCAGGUGUACGCGUCGGAAGUGGGCAUGCACCGGCGGGCUGUUGAGGCGCUGCGGAAGAGCCGGGCCGCUGGCUCGCCCAAAAUGGAGAGUUGGCUCGCGCAGGUGGAGGCGGCGCGAGAGGCCGCGGAGAGCGCGCUGGUUGCCGGUGCGCAGCGCGGAGUUGGCUGGGCGCUUGCAGACGUAGAGGCGGUGCGGGAUGGUGCCGAGGAGCUUGUUGUAUGCCUUGGGGAGCUCGCCGGUGAGGCUGAUAGUCUGCGGGCACGGGUUGCCGGGCUGGAGGCUGCCGAGGCCAAGGUUGCCGAGAUUGAGCCGAAACUGGAGGCUGCCGAGGCCAAGGUUGCCGAGAUUGAGCCGAAGCUGGAGGCUGCCGAGGCCAAGGUUGCCGAGAUUGAGCCGAAACUGGAGGCUGCCGAGGCCAAGGUAGCCGAGAUUGAGCCGAAGCUGGAGGCUGCCGAGGCCAAGGUCGCCGAGAUUGAGCCGAAGCUGGAGGCUGCCGAGGCCAAGGUUGCCGAACUGGAGGUUGCUGAAGCCAAGGUUGCUGAGAUUGAGCCGCAGCUCGCGGCUGCCGAGGCGCGGGUCACCGAGCUGGAGGCUGUCGAGGCCAAGCUUGCCGAGAUUGAGCCGAAGCUGGAGGCUGCCGAGGCCAAGGUUGCCGAACUGGAGGCUGCCAAGGCCAAGGUCGCCGAGAUUGAGCCGCAGCUCGAGGCUGCCGAGGCCAAGGUUGCCGAGAUUGAGCCGCAGCUCGCGGCUGCCGAGGCGCGGGUCACCGAGCUGGAGGCUGUCGAGGCCAAGCUUGCCGAGAUUGAGCCGAAGCUGGAGGCUGCCGAGGCCAAGGUUGCCGAACUGGAGGUUGCUGAAGCCAAGGUUGCUGAGAUUGAGCCGCAGCUCGCGGCUGCCGAGGCGCGGGUCACCGAGCUGGAGGCUGCCGAGGCCAAGGUUGCCGAGAUUGAGCCGCAGCUCGCGGCUGCCGAGGCGCGGGUCACCGAGCUGGAGGCUGUCGAGGCCAAGCUUGCCGAGAUUGAGCCGAAGCUGGAGGCUGCCGAGGCGCGGGUCACCGAACUGGAGGUUGCUGAAGCCAAGGUUGCUGAGAUUGAGCCGCAGCUCGCGGCUGCCGAGGCGCGGGUCACCGAGCUGGAGGCUGCCGAGGCCAAGGUUGCCGAGAUUGAGCCGCAGCUCGCGGCUGCCGAGGCGCGGGUCACCGAGCUGGAGGCUGUCGAGGCCAAGCUUGCCGAGAUUGAGCCGAAGCUGGAGGCUGCCGAGGCGCGGGUCACCGAGCUGGAGGCUGCCGAGGCCAAGGUUGCCGAACUGGAGGCUGCCGAGGCCAAGCUUGCCGAGAUUGAGCCGAAGCUCGCGGCUACCGAGGCCAAGGUUGCCGAACUGGAGGUUGCUGAAGCCAAGGUUGCUGAGAUUGAGCCGCAGCUCGCGGCUGCCGAGGCGCGGGUCACCGAACUGGAGGCUGCCGAGGCCAAGGUCGCCGAGAUUGAGCCGCAGCUCGAGGCUGCCGAGGCCAAGGUUGCCGAGAUUGAGCCGCAGCUCGCGGCUGCCGAGGCGCGAGUCACCGAGCUGGAGGCUGCCGAGGCCAAGCUUGCCGAGAUUGAGCCGCAGCUCGAGGCUGCCGAAGCCAAGGUUGCCGAACUGGAGGCUGCCGAGGUCAAGGUUGCUGAGAUUGAGCCGCAGCUCGAGGCUGCCGAGGCCAAGCUUGCCGAGAUUGAGCCGAAGCUGGAAGCUGCUGAGGCCAGGGUUGCCGAACUAGAGGCUGCCAGGGCCAACAAGGUUGCCGAGAUUGAGCCGCAGCUCGCGGCUGCCGAGGCCAAGGCUGCCGAACUGGAGGUUGCUGAAGCCAAGGUUGCUGAGAUUGAGCCGCAGCUCGCGGCUGCCGAGGCGCGGGUCACCGAGCUGGAGGCUGUCGAGGCCAAGCUUGCCGAGAUUGAGCCGAAGCUGGAGGCUGCCGAGGCCAAGGUUGCCGAACUGGAGGCUGCCGAGGCCAAGGUCGCCGAGAUUGAGCCGCAGCUCGAGGCUGCCGAGGCCAAGGUUGCCGAGAUUGAGCCGAAGCUCGCGGUUGCCGAGGCGCGGGUCGCCGAGCUGGAAGUUGCCGAGACAAGGGUUGUCGAGCUGGAAGUACAGGCUGGGGUUCUCAACGCCCACAACACCGAGACAGACUUCAUUGAUGCGAUCGCCGCCGAGCAGGAACCUGUCGCGACGCUUGCCGCUGAACAUGAGAUGCCCCGGAUGCAGUCUACACCUGUCCAUUCCGAGUCUCACUCUGCUCGUCCUGCAGGCAAUGACCUUGACGACGCAGGUCGUCACGCUGAGCAAGAGACGCUCAGGGCUCGGAUUGCCGAGCUUGAGGCAGCGGAAGCUCGCCUCGUCGCGCUGGAGCCCGAGACAAAGGUGCUUGCGCUCAAGGUGGGAGCACUGGAGACCCGGCUGAUCGAGCUCCAGGCUGACGCUGCCGAUGCGCCUGAAUCACGUCCAGAAAUCCGCACUGUGACUGCCGCUGAUCCGUCACGUGUGGCUCCUCGCGAAGCAAUCGCCCUCCCGCCCGACGUGCAGGAGGCCCGGCUUGUCGACUUAGCCGCUGUCCAGGCCGCCGCCUCUCGUGUUGUCGACGAACUCGCCGUCGCCCGGGCGCGCGUGGCCGAACUCGAGCAUGAGGGCGCCGUCGCCGAGCACAAGCGCCUCGUCAUGGCUCGUCGCCAGGUUGCAGAGCUGGAGCUUGUCGUUGAUACCAUCACCCGCGCCAUGGACGACGUCAACGCCACCCGGGAGCACAUGGCCCUAGUCGAGGCCCAUGAGCGUGAUGUGCGCCACAGCAAUCUGCAGCAGUCUCGCAUCAAGCAGCUGCACGCCGUGCGUCUUGCUGCAGAUGUUGUUGUGGCCGAGCUUGCUGAUGCUCGCGCCGGUGCCCAGCGGCUGACUCACUUCGAGGCGCAGCCCGUCGCCGCACGCACCGAGACCACUUCGUUGCAUGCAACUGAAGCCGCCGAGCACGGACGCGUCGAUGCACUCGAGAUCAAACUGUGCAACGCUGCACGUCGCUUGGACGAAGCACGUGCUGCAGCAAGCACAGUCGUUGGCGAUGCCGCAGUUGCACACGACGCUGCGCGCCGUAGCAGCGAACGGGUGAGAUUCCUGGAGACCAAGCUGCACGAGACCUCUGCACGGCUCGCUCACGUGCAUUCCGCCGCGCAUGAUGUCGUCGGCGACCUCGCUACCGCUCACGCAUCGCAGGAUGCAGCCCCCGCUGACAAGGCCCAUCAGGUUGUCGCUAAAACUGAGGCCGAGCUGGUGGAAGCGCGCGCUCAGAUCGCCGAGCUGGCACAGGUUGUGGCAACCGUCCACGAUGCGAUGGCUGAUGUCGCCGCCGCGAAGCACAGAAUCGACGAGCUGGAGGGCGAGCUGGCUGCUGCUCGUGACUUUGUGGCUGGGGUCGAGUCGGGUGUACCCUCGGGCAUUGGUGCGACCAAGGUCUACGUCGUUGAUCGCCAGUAUGAGGUCGCCGCGGAGAAGCUGGCAGCUCUGCAGGCUGCAGCCGACGACGUGGUUGGUGAGCUUGCGGCUGCACAUGAUCACAUUGUCGCGCUCCAGGCGGCCGAAACUGAUGAGGUUUCUGAGCGCGUGGCCGAGCUGGAGGUUGAGUUUGAUGCUGUGCGUGCCCAUGCUGCUGAUCUUGAGCCCGCUGCUGCUGCCGCCGAGGAGAAGGGGGCUGAGACAGAAGCCGUUCAGGAGCGGGUGGCUGUGUUGGAAGCCGAGCUCAGCGCUGCUCGUGAUCACAUCGCCGAACUCGAGGCAGCUGCGUCUGCGGUCGAUGUCCCAGCAGUCGCGCCCGAGUCAACCACCCCCGUUCUCGAAACCGAAGACGAGACCGAAGACGAGCUUGAGGCUGCGCGCGCCAAGAUUGUGCAGCUCGAGCAAGUUGCAGCCGUUGUUCACGAAGCCAUGGAUGAUGUGGCCGCCGCCAAGCGCCGCAAUGCAGAGCUUGAGGCCGAGCUCGAGGCUGCCCGCGACUUCCUACCGGGUGCUCGUUCUGUCGACUCGGUUGUAACCGAUGCAGAUGUGUCAGGCUCUCUUACGCUGCGCCCUGUAGCGAUUGACAAGCUAGCGGCUGCGCAAGCAGCUGCUGAUGAUGUUGUUGGUGAGCUGGCGGCCGCCCACAGCCGCAUCGCCGAGCUCGAGCCCGCUGCUGCUGCCGCCGAGGAGAAGGGGGCCGAGACAGCAGCCGUUCAGGAGCGGGUGGCUGUGUUGGAAGCCGAGCUCAGCGCUGCUCGUGAUCACAUCGCCGAACUCGAGGCAGCUGCGUCUGCGGUCGAUGUCCCAGCAGUCGCGCCCGAGUCAACCACCCCCGUUCUCGAAACCGAAGACGAGACCGAAGACGAGCUUGAGGCUGCGCGCGCCAAGAUUGUGCAGCUCGAGCAAGUUGCAGCCGUUGUUCACGAAGCCAUGGAUGAUGUGGCCGCCGCCAAGCGCCGCAAUGCAGAGCUUGAGGCCGAGCUCGAGGCUGCCCGCGACUUCCUACCGGGUGCUCGUUCUGUCGACUCGGUUGUAACCGAUGCAGAUGUGUCAGGCUCUCUUACGCUGCGCCCUGUAGCGAUUGACAAGCUAGCGGCUGCGCAAGCAGCUGCUGAUGAUGUUGUUGGUGAGCUGGCGGCCGCCCACAGCCGCAUCGCCGAGCUCGAGCCCGCUGCUGCUGCCGCCGAGGAGAAGGGGGCUGAGACAGAAGCCGUUCAGGAGCGGGUGGCUGUGUUGGAAGUCGAGCUCAGCGCUGCUCGUGAUCACAUCGCCGAGCUCGAGGCUGCUGCUGCUGCCGCCGAGGAGAAGGGGCCGAGACAGAAGCCGUUCAGGAGCGGGUGGCUGUGUUGGAAUCGCGCCCGAGUCAACCACCCCGAAGACGAGACCGAAGACGAGCUUGGGGCUGCGCGCGCCAAGAUUGUGCAGCUCGAGCAUGUUGCAGCCGUUGUUCACGAAGCCAUGGAUGAUGUAACUGCCGCCAAGCGUCGCAACGUCAUGCUGGAAGCCGAUGCAGCAGAGUUUGCUGCCUCACAGCGUGCUGCAGUCGGUAAGCUCGCGGCCGUGCAGGAGGCUGCUGAUGACGUUGUCGGUGAGCUGGCAGUUGCCCGUGACCGUAUUGCAGAGCUGGAGUCUGGAGGCGACGCCGACCUGCAGGGGCGAGUUGUGGCGCUGGAGACGGAGCUAGCUGCAGCCCGCCACCAUAUCUCUGCGAUCGAGCCUGUUGCUGCUGCUGUCGAAGAGACAGUUGCUGAAGCCGAGGCGGCUCAGAGGCGGUUGGCUGUGCUAGAGGCUGAGCUUGACGCUGCUCGUACCCGCAUUGCUCAGCACGAGUCGGCUCCAUCCACUGAGCUUUCGCUUGUCGAUUCUGAUGCGCAUUCGCCGGUUGAGCGUCAGGUUAGUAGCGCUGACCUCACCGCUGCUCAUGCCAGAAUCGCCGAUCUUGAGCAGGUUGUCUCUGUCGUUCACGACGCCAUGGCCGAUGUGACUGCUGCCAAGCUCCGGAUUACUGAGCUUGAGACUGAGCUUGAGGCUGUUCCAGCAAGUGGGUCUGGGCCCGGGCGUGCCGGCAUGCUCGAGUCCCGGCUUGAGAAUGCGACUCUGCAGCUGGUAGAUGUCCAGGCCGCCGCCGAUCUGGUGGUCUCCGAACUCGCCGCAGCCCAUGAUCAGUUGGCACUCAUGUCGCAACCGUCCGAGCUGGGCGAUCUCCGCGAGCGCGUCGCGGUUCUCGAAGCUGAGCUGGCCGCCUCACGCGACUAUAUUGCCCAGCUUGAGACUGACACCGACGCUGUGCGCCCCGACCUCGUGGAGCAGCUCGACUCGGCCCAUGCUCAGAUUGCCGAGCUUAAGCAUGCUGUCGCGGUAGUUCAGGAUGCCAUGGCCAAUGUCGGGUCGUUCCAAAAGCGCGUCGACGAGCUCGAACAUGAGCUUGCGGUUGCCGACGACCACAUUGCCGAGCUCGAGGCCCGUCCGUCGCGGCCCCACCUCGCGCCUGACUCGACUGAAGCCGAGUUGCAAGCCGAUCUUGACAACGCGCGGGCCCAGAUUGCAGAUCUCCGCCAGGUAGCCGCCGCCGUCGAGGACGCCGUCGCCGAUGUGGCCUCUGCCCAGAAGCGCGUCACUGAGCUCGAGCAAGAGCUUGCGCUUGCCAAGAAGCGCAUCGCCAGCCUUGAGGUCGAGCUUGAAGCCAUGGCUGGUGGUAGCGCAGCCGCAGUCGAACUGCGCGCCGAGCUGGAUGAAGCGCGCGCCCAAAUUGCCGAGCUCAAGCAAGUCGCUGCCGCUGUCAAGGAUGCCAUGCACAACGUGGCCGAGGCCCAGGACCGCGUCGCUGACCUGGAGGCCGACCUCGCCGCUGCCAACGAUUACAUUGUUGAGCUCGAAUCGCGGCGCCAGCCGCUUGGACUGGCGCUGCCGACUAUUAUGGAGGAGUCAACGGUUACGUCGCAACCUUUGGACGAAACCAAGACUGUGACCGAGCUGCAGUCCGAGCUCACCACGGCCCGCAACCAGAUUGCCGAGCUCAAGUCGGUUGUUGCGGUAGUCCAAGGUGCGCUCACGGAUGUCUCCUCGGCGCAAGACCGCAUUUUCGAACUCGAGCGCGAUCUCGAGGCUGCUAUGGCCGACGUGCCGCGCCUAGAACAGGAGCUCGACGUGGCACAUGCCCACAUCGUCGAGCUCGAGUCUGCUGUUGCCUCCAUCGACGACACUGUGGUCGAGGUCGAGGCAGCACAGGCCCGCAUCAUCGAGCUCGAGGCCGAGGCUGAAGCCAAUCACGCCCGCACCGACUCGCCGUCAUCGGCGACGCUCAAAGUGGAGCUUGCUGCGGCGCAUGCGCACAUUGCCCAGCUUGAGAUUGCAGUGACCACUAUCCAGGACACUGUGGCCGAGGUCGAGGCAGCGCGGCUGCGCAUGGGUCAUCUGGAAACUGCUGCCACCGGGUCGGUGGCGGCGCAACGCCUGCACUUGGCCGCUGUGGCCGAAGCUGCCGAGCUUGUUUCCGAGCUUGCUGCCAGCGCCGUCUCUCCGCUUGUCGCGCCGUCGAGUGCCGGGGCGGGGCCCGACGCCAUGGGCGCCAACUUGUUGGCUGCCCGGGAUCGCAUUCUGGAGCUCGAGGCUGUUGUGGCGACGGUUCAGAGUGCCAUGGCCGAUGUCGCGGCCACUCGUGCACGUAUCGGUGAGCUCGAGGAAGCUGCAGCCCGGGCAGGCAACAUGACCACAUCAGAGCGUGAGUCUGAGCUAGCAGACGAUCUCGCGGCUGCCCACGACCGCAUUCGCGAGCUCGAGACAGGCCUCACCGCCGUCGAGGCUGUCGUCGUCGAGGCGAGCGAGGCACAGUUCCGCAUCACAGAGCUUGUCGAGGCCCUCGAGGCUGCCGAGGAGCAGUCAGCACGAAUGGAGCAGGCCGCGCUAGUGGCGGUCGGCGAGGCCGAGCCGGAUGCAGCCGCAGUAGUCAACCAGCUUCUAGCAGCCAACAACCGCAUUGUUCAACUAGAGUCGGUGGUCGAGACGGUUAAGACUGCCAUGGCCGAUGUUGCGGAGGCUCGCUCUGAUAUGGCCGACUUGCAUGCUGCGGUUCGCGAGAACGACGACAGGCCAGCUAACCCUGCGGUCGCGGCUCCUGUUCGCCUGACCCAGCUCUCCGAGGUCCGGCUUCUCACCUUUGCGCUCGUCGAUGCCAUGGAGACUUCAGAUGCAGGUUUGCGUGAAGAGUUGGAGGCUGCAUACAACCGAAUCCGUGCUCUCGAGCUCGGUGGAGACGCGAGCGCCGGUGAGAUCGCUGCGCAUAUCGACGAUCUGGAGGUCGAGCUGGAGGCGCUCUCGGAGGCGCGCACCCCGAUUGGUGCGCUUAAGACUGCGAUCGACGCACGGGCUGCUGUGGCCAGCAAGGCACGCGCACUGGCCGUCGAGGUUGUCGACGCUGCCCAGAACGCUCAGGAUGCGCUGCGGGCUGAGAACGCGCGGCUGCGUGUGCAGCUCGCGGCCGCGUCCGAGCCUGAUAUGAGCGUUCCGCCUGGUGUGGCUCGUAAGCGUGCGGCACGGGCAAUUGGUAUUGCUCAGGGACGCAUGGCUGCGCUGCGCAUGCGGGUGUUGGAAGAUGAGGCCGUCCGGGCGUCGGCUUCGGGCGUCCGCGCCCGCUCUGUGGCGGUGCUGAAUGAGACCAAGGCGCAGCUGGGUGACCUUGCGGUUGCAGUGGACAAGGCCGAGCCGGCGGCGGCCGAAACUGCCGAGGCGCUCGCUGCAGCCCGCCAGUCACUUGCGAGCCUGACAACGGGCGAGCCGGUGACUUCAGACGACGACAUCGAGUCACUGCUUUCCCAGCAGACCGCCGAGUUGCGCGAGAUUCAGCGCCGUGUUUCGAGCUAUGGCGACUCUUCGCGGCUCUUUGCUGAUGACGACGACGAGAUUGAGGACAUGUCGACGCUGCGGUGGAAAACGCCCGUCUCGGCAAAGAAGACCGCGGCCGAGAACAUGACGCCGACGGAGGCUCGGUUUGCGGCGAUGCGCAUCCUCGGCAUCGCGCAGGACCGUAUGGCGUCGUUGCGCAGUCGGGCCGAGGCGCAGGCUGACGAGCCGUCGGUGGCGCGGGCAGUCCGGGCGCGGGCGCUCAAGGUUCUGGGUCAGACAGCGGUCGAGCUGGACGAGCUGGGAAAGGUGAUUGCUGCCGGCGACGAGGCGAGUCUCGACGAGCUUGUUGGGGCGCGCAAGAGCCUUGCAGAGCUCAGCAAGCGAGUGGACUCGGGUGCGACUGCCGGUGCCGACGCUGCAGACGAGAUUGGGGCUCUCCAGCGGUCGCUCUCGCUGGUCGACGGCGGUUGGGACUCGUCGCAAGGUGAAGUGGUGCCGGAAGUGCUGCAUCUGCGGCAGGAACUGGCGAUCCUGCAGCAGGAGCGGGCGGCCGACCAGGCGAGGCUAGCGGAGCUGGAGCGGCAGGCAGCAGUGAGCUAUGGUGGAGCGUCGGCCGAAACGCAGCGUGUAAUGGCGCUCCGGGAGGACAUGGCAUCGAUGGCGGCAGUGCAUGCGCAGGUGAGCACCAUGAUCGAGCAGUACGAGGCGAACCUGGCCGAGCUCGACCGCGAUAUGGAAGCCGAGCGGGCGGCAUACGAAGCGCAGCUCCAGGAGCGCGACCUCAUGCUGAAGCGUGCAUCGUCGGCAGUGACUGGGCUCGUGGGUCAUGCAACAGCGCGGCAGGCGUCGGCUGCGCGGAUUCAGGAGUGGCGGACGCAGAUUGCGACGGCGCGUGGGACGCUGGAGGAGCUGUUUUCGACCCGUGCGCGGAUGGGUGAGGUUGAGCUGGACGUGGCCAGGCUCGCGGCAGAGCUUGCGGAGAGCCAGCAGCGCGAGCGAUUGGCGCGUGAGCGUGCCGAGGCGCUGCAGUCGGUUGCAUUGUCGGUCUCUGCCGCGGCUUCUCUCCAGCUCUCGUCGCCCAAGGACGGGCUGGAGCGAGUUGUCUCGAGCCUUGUCUUUGACGACGCCGAAGCCGAGCUGGCGACAGCGCAGGAGCUCAUCCGGGCGUAUGAGGCUACGAUUGCCGAGCUUCGGCACGAGCUGCGGGUCAUUGAGGCGUCGCAGGUUGCGGAAGCGUCGCUAAUGCCGUCGUAUCACACACAGCUCGAGGCGAUUACCGCCGAGCUGGAUAUGUUUGUGGCUUCACAGAGCGCAGCGCGGAACACCAUCGUUGCCCUCCACAAUCGGGUGGCGAGCUACGAGGCUGUUGUGGAGAAGGCUCACGCCGAUCUUGAGCAGCUUGUGGCCAAGCACGAGGCGAGCGUGUCUCGCGGAGGACUGGGGGAUGAGAAGGCGAAGGCAGUGGCUCCGGUGGAGGUGCGCGCUUCUGAGGCGGAUGAUGAGACUGUGGCAGUGUCGUCGCCACAGAUAGCUGUUGUUCAGUCAGGCGUGGCAAGGGAGCAAGUUGCGACGUACGCGGCAGUUGUUUCGGAGCUGCGGCAGGAGAUGGACGCGCUCGUGGCGCUCAAGUCAGAGCACGAGGCGCGAGCAUCAACACAUGACAUUGCGCAGUACGCGCAGGUUGUGGACAUGCUCAAGACAGAGAUUGUCUCGCUGCGGACGCAGAUCAACACGCGCGGGUCCGAGGGCUUAGGCCGUGCGGUGUUUUCCGAGUACUACGCGAUUGUGGAUGCUGCGCGUGCGGCGGCGAGCGAGCUUGUCAGCCAGCAGGCGGAGCGCGAGGAGCUGCAGAUGAUUGCGCUGGAGGAGGAGCGGGCCAAGAGCGUGGCAAACGACGCCAAGGUGACACAGUAUGCGCAUGUGGUUGACAUGCUUAAGGACCAGGUAGAAGUGCUCUCUGCCGAGGUAUCCGCGGUGCGAAGCGAGACUGCGCCGGUGGCUGAGAGCCCGAGUGUGGUCGCGGAGCGUGUGGUCGGGUAUCAUGAGGCGGUGCAGGCAGCCUACAACGAGGUGGAGGUGCUGAUUGCGCUGCAAACCGAGCUGGAUGCCGGGCGAGAGUCGACCGGCGCCGUGGCCGAGCUCAAAGGCCAAGUGGCGCGGCUGCAGGAGCAGCUUGCGGAGCAGGAAACUGGAGCGGCGGAGCAGGCAGAGCACGCCGGUGCGCUCGUGGCAGUGGUGGCAGAUCUCAGAGCCGAGGUGGAGGCACUCCAGUUUCAAGUGACUGGUGCAACUGGCGAGCAGGCAGGCAAGCUGGCCGAGUACGCUGGCGCGGUUGCGGCAGCGCAAGCUACGGUGACGGCGCUUGUAGAGGCACAGACUGCAGCCGAAAGGGCGCGGAUGAUGCCACGAACUGGCCCGAGCGAGGCCGACGUCUCGCGGUACACGGAGAUUGUCAAGAUGCUACGCGACGAAGUGACGACACUGCAAGCGCGGGUCCGCAGCGCGGCGGCGAUUGGGCCAGACAAGAUUGCGUCGUACCAGGAGGCGAUUGACGAGGCGCGCGACGCGGUGAUUGCACUUGUGCAGGCGCAGUCUGGGGCGGCGGCGGCGGAGGCGCGUGCCGCGGCUGAGCAGGCGUAUGUCGAGGCUGUGGCCGAGGCCGAGGCGAAGGAUCCUGUGCUUGUGCGGGUCGGGCCGAGCGAGGCAGAUCUAGCCAAGUACACGUCGGUGGUGGAGAUCCUCAAGGAUGAGGUGCGGGCGAUGAAGGCGCGUGAGGCUCGACCGACCGGCGUCGAGGCCGAGCAGCUGGCUGAGUACGUAGAGGCUGUAACGCAGGCGCGGGUGGCGGCGGAGGCGAUGCUCGACGCGCAUGUCGAUGCUGAGGAAGCCCGCAACCUGGCGCAACUGAAGAACCCCGGUCCCGGUCAUGUGCUGCGGCUGGCGGAUGGAAUUGUUCAGCUGCGAGACGAGGUUGCACGGCUGGAGGCUGUGGUGAUUGGCCGAGCGGAGCGCGUGGCUGCUUACGAGCGGGCGGUGACCGUGGUCUCGCUUGCUGCCAACGAAGUGGUGCAGAACGCGGACGUCGCGGUGAGCGAGCUGAAGGCGCAGGUAACGGAGCUCGAAGCCAAGCUGGUUGAGCUCGUGACCGCAGAUGCUGUGCGUGAUGAGGAUCGUCACGGAGAGGACGUGGAGCAGCUCCGUCAGCGGGUGCAGGAGCUCGAGUCCGAGCUCGAGGCGGCCCAUGUUCAGGUGAGGAGCCGGAGUGCUCACCAGCGUGAGCGGGAUGCGUUGCGGGCGCGAGUUGCAGAGUUGGAGGCGCAGGUGCUUGCGCAGCCGGAGCGGCUGGCGCGGCUCCAGGCAUCGCUGGUGGGCGUGCGUGACGGGCUCGAGGAGCUGGUUGUGACGUCGCCGCGAAGCGGUGGCAGCCAGACUGAUACUGGGCGGGUGGCUGAGCACCGGGAGACUGUUGCCAAGGUUCGCGACGAGAUGGAUGCGCUGAUUGCGAUGGGUCCGCCCGCAGCUAAGCGCGAUGGAGCUGAGGGUGAUGGAGUUGCGGUGGUGAGUCAUGCACCGCUGGAGGCGGAUGAAGAUGUUCACCUGCUGCGGGCGCGAGUGGCGGAGCUGGAGGCGCAGGUGCUUGCGCAGCCAGAGCGGCUGGCACGGCUCCAGGCAUCGCUGGUGGGCGUGCGUGACGGGCUCGAAGAGCUGAUUGUGACGUCGCCGCGGAGCGGUGCAAGCCAUAUUGAUGCUGGACGGGUGGUUGAGUACCAGGCAACCGUGGCAAAGGUUCGUGGUAUGCUUGAUGAGCUUACUGGAAUAGUUCCAGUUGCGCCGAAACGCCCCGAGGUUGAUGUUGCAGGCUACGAAGAGCGUGUAGCUGAUGCGCGGGGACAGCUAGAGUCGCUAAUGGUCACGCCGCUUGUUGUCACCAAGGUCGACAGCGAGGCAGCCGCGCGGACAGCCAGCUACGAAGCUGUGCUGGGCAGCAUGCGCGCGGAGCUAGAGAUGCUUGUGGCAUCGUCGCCUGUGGCAUCGCCGCGUGGUUCCGACGGCAAUGCCGAGCGCCUGGUCGAGUAUCGCGCGACAGUGCAGAGGCUGACUGCCGAGCUAGAGGAGCUUGGUGCGCGGUCGCCGCCAGAGCUGGUGAUUGCGGAAGGCAUCGAGGCGUCCCGGGUUGCCGGCUACGAGCGCGCACUCAACGAGCUGCGGUUCUACGUUGAAGCGCUUGUGGCGUCGCCAAUGGUGCAAAAUAUGGGCAACGACGGCGCCAGUCAGGCACUGCGUACAGACGUUGCAGCGCUUGAAAAGCAAGUUGCAGGACUGUCGCUGGAACGGCUGGCCGAGUACGAGAACAGCAUGCUUGUGGUUCGCCAGAUGGCGGAGAGCCUUGUGCAACACGCGCCACUGGCGGCGAGUCGUGACCCGCUGGAAGCGCGCGACGAGUACGAGGCCAUCAUCAGCGACCUGCGCGACGAAGUUGCGUCGCUGCAGUCGCAGCUGCAUGCUGAGUCGGAGAGUGUGGACGACGAGGUGAUGACGCGGCUGGCCGAGUACGAGCGGACCGUGGUGACGAUGCACGAGCAGAUUGAGCGGCUGGCAUCACAGCCGAUAGAGCAAAUGCGGAGCCAGGUACUUGGGUACCGCGAGCAGUACGAGGUCAUCAUCGGCGAGCUGCGGGCCGAGAUUGAGUCACUCUCCGAGCAGCUCGGUGAGGUCCGGCAUGCCGUUCAAAGCGAGUCUGCUCAGCAAGCUGGGCGGCUUGAAGAGUACUCGACGGUGGUGGCCGAGGCACGCGAGUGUGUGGCCGAGCUUGUCGCGAAUGGGCAACCGGGGAUGGAGCCGCGGCAGCAGGCGCAAUACGAAGCCGUGGUAGGCGAUCUCCGCGAGGAGGUUGGGUUCCUCUCGAAGCAAGUCUCUGAAGUCCGCGAGUCGUUGGAUGCCGCAGUCGAGGACGGCGUCGCAAUUGACACGACGCGUGUGGUGCAGUAUGUGCAAACUCUGUCAACCGUGCGGCGCGAGCUGGAGGCGCUUGUGGAGAUGCCGCUGACUGUGCCGGCUGCUGGCGAGGGCUCUGUGCCUGUAGUGAGCGUUGGUGUUGGUGGCGAACGCGUGUUCCACUACCAGAGCGUGUUGGACACAAUGCGGUUUGAGUUGCUUUCGUUGGUGGCAGCGGCUGAUGCGGCGGCCGGGUUGGGUACGUUUAUGACGCCGCGGGCGACGUCGCCGAUGUCAUUGAUGUCGGAUGGCGAGAGCGAUGUGUUCGAAGACGCGCUUGAUGAGCCGAUUGUGAUGGUGGCCGAUGGCACACAGCCGAGCGUUGUGAGCCGCAAUCUUGCAACGGCCGCGACAGCUGUCAAGGUGGCGCGUGCUGGUCGGGAUGUGGUCGGCGAGCUUGAGCAUCUGGCGGCCGAAAACGAGCGACUGCGUACCGAGGCCGCAACCGCACGGGCAGAGCUAGACGAGGCUCGGUCGAAUACGUGGACCAUCAACGAGUCUGAGAGUGUGGAGCAGCUGAAGACGAUGCCGUCGGGGCACAACCUGGCGGCAGCAGCGACGGUGGUCCAGGUGGCGCGCGCUGGUCGCGAUGUGGUGGGCGAGCUCGAGCAGCUGUCUGCUGAAAACGCGCGGCUGCGUGCCAAGCUGGAGCAGGCCCAUGUUGAGGUCGCAAAUGCGGGCAAGGUUGACCGACAGUCGGCGGACCAAGAGCAGCUUCUUCGUGAAGAGCUAGAGCAGGCGCGGGCAGAGCUGAGGGCGAUGCAAGCCAAGGCCGAAGGUAUGGAGCAGCUGAAGACGACGCCGUCGGGGCACAACCUGGCGGCAGCAGCGACAGUGGUCCAGGUGGCGCGCGCUGGUCGCGAUGUGGUGGGCGAGCUCGAGCAGCUGUCUGCUGAAAACGCGCGGUUGCGUGCCAAGCUGGAGCAGGCCCAUGUUGAGGUCGCAAAUGCGGGCAAGGUUGACCGACAGUCGGCGGACCAAGAGCAGCUUCUUCGUGAAGAGCUAGAGCAGGCGCGGGCAGAGCUGAGGGCGAUGCAAGCCAAGGCCGAAGGUAUGGAGCAGCUGAAGACGACGCCGUCGGGGCACAACCUGGCGGCAGCAGCGACAGUGGUCCAGGUGGCGCGCGCUGGUCGCGAUGUGGUGGGCGAGCUCGAGCAGCUGUCUGCUGAAAACGCGCGGUUGCGUGCCAAGCUGGAGCAGGCCCAUGUUGAGGUCGCAAAUGCGGGCAAGGUUGACCGACAGUCGGCGGACCAAGAGCAGCUUCUUCGUGAAGAGCUAGAGCAGGCGCGGGCAGAGCUGAGGGCGAUGCAAGCCAAGGCCGAAGGUAUGGAGCAGCUGAAGACGACGCCGUCGGGGCACAACCUGGCGGCAGCAGCGACGGUGGUCCAGGUGGCGCGCGCUGGUCGCGAUGUGGUGGGCGAGCUCGAGCAGCUGUCUGCUGAAAACGCGCGGCUGCGUACCGAGGCCGCAACCGCGCGAGCAGAGCUAGACGAGGCUCGGUCGAAUACGUGGACGAUCACCGAGUCUGAGAGUGUGGAGCAGCUGAAGACGACGCCGUCGGGGCACAACCUGGCGGCAGCGGCGACGGUGGUCCAGGUGGCGCGCGCUGGUCGCGAUGUGGUAGGCGAGCUCGAGCAGCUGUCCGCCGACAACGAACGGCUGCGUGCCAAGCUGGGGCUCGCGCAGGCGGAGCUAGCCGCGCUGAAGUCUGUGCCAGUUUCCGAUACUGCGAGGCAACCAUCCGAGGCGAACAAGGCCAAGUAUCGCGCGAUGAAGGCUGAGCUGGAGGCAACCAAGGCUGAACUCAAGUCUGCUCUGUCCAGGAUUCCGACCGAGGCCAACAAGGCCGAGUACAAGGUGGUCAAGGCCGAGCUGCGGGAGACUCGGGCCAAGCUGGAGGGUGCCAGCGCAGCUGUAGCUGAGCUUGAUGAGACUCGCGAGCGUCUUGAGCAGACCGAACUGCAGCUUAACGAUGCACUGGUCGAGCUGGCCGGCACACGCCGGAUGCUUCGCGAGUCACAUGAAGCUCUCGACGCAGCGCCGUUGUCUAGUGGCUUCCAGGAAGAGCUGGAGGAGACUCGCGAUAGGUUAGCGGUCGUGCUUGCUGAGUUGGAGACGAUGCGGGCCAAGGCCCCGUCCGAGGCCAACAAGGCCAAGUACAAGGCGGUCAAGGCCGAGUUGGAAGAGACCCGGGCCGAGCUGGAGGAGACACAGGCCGAGCUGGAGGAGACACAGGCCGAGCUCGAGGCUGCCCUGGCAAACGCUUCGUCCGAGGCCAACAAGGCCAAGUACAAGGCGGUCAAGGCCGAGCUGCAAGAGACACAGGCCGAGCUGCAAGAGACACAGGCCGAGUUGGAGACGAUGCGGGCCAAGGCCCCGUCCGAGGCCAACAAGGCCAAGUACAAGGCGGUCAAGGCCGAGCUGCAAGAGACACAGGCCGAGCUGGAGGAGACCCAGGCCGAGUUGGAAGAGACCCAAGCUGAGCUUCAGGAGACCCAGGCCGAGCUCGAGGCUGCCCUGGCCAGCGCCCCGUCCGAGGCCAACAAGGCCAAGUACAAGGCGGUCAAGGCCGAGCUGCAAGAGACACAGGCCGAGCUGGAGGAGACCCAGGCCGAGUUGGAAGAGACCCAAGCUGAGCUUCAGGAGACCCAGGCCGAGCUGGAGGCUGCCCUGGCCAGCACUCCGUCCGAGGCCAACAAGGCCAAGUACAAGGCGGUCAAGGCCGAGCUACAAGAGACGCGGGCCGAGCUGGAGGACGUCAAGUCGGCGAUGCCAUCCAUGACCGACUACACUGAAGCUCUGGCCAAGGCUCGCAGCGAGGCUGCCGCCCUCAUUGACGGCAUGAGCACGCUGGUGGUGACCAACGAGGACCUCGAGGCUCGCAUGGCCAGCAUCCAAGCCGCCAAUGCCGACCUAGCAGAUGUCAUUGCCCGCUACGAAGAGCUGCUCAAGCGCCGCAAGGGUGAGGCCGUGCCGGCUUUGCAGGCCCUUGUCGCCUCGCUGUACGAGCGGCUGCAGUCGACGUCGGACCGGCUUGCAACCGCCCAGCAAGAGCUGCUCUCUUCGCGGGCCGACCACGUGGCCGAGCGCCGUGCGCUCCUCCAGCGCAUGCACGAGCUGCAGACAGACCUCGACGCUGCACUCGAGCUUGCGGCUGGCUCGGGCUCGCGCAACGCUGACGAGCCAGCCGAUCUCGGUCCGUCGCUGCACGCGCGUCGGACCACCGUUGCGCCGCCGGCUGCCGUGGUUGCCGGCCAGUGCCUCCUCCGCACCUCGGCAAACUUGGCAGUCAUCAAGGUCCUUCGCUCCGAGCUCGUCGACCUUGUCGCGCUUGCCGAGCUGGCCCCGGCCGCCGCUGGCCAACUGUGA